AAAAAAAGUGAAAUUUGAAAAUGUUGGAAAAAAAUGUUAAUUAUUUUUAAAUUAUGUUGUCUUUAAACUAAACUAUUUGAUUGGGUAAAUACAAACUCAAACUGUAAUACUAAUGUCAUCGCGGUAAAAUCCGGUUUAUUAAAAAUUUUAACCUAGUGAGUAAAUAGUUGUGGCCUGAAAAUGCUAACUAAAAUCAAAUUUCAAAAGUAAAUAUUACAAAAAAAAAUAGAAAAUGGAAACUAUGAGAAAUAGAAAGACUAAACAGAAACAUCACGAAUCUCAAAGUUUCUCUGAAACAACCAAAAUAUGUGAGGAAGUAGAACACCGAGUACAACACAAAACCAACAAUCAAGAACAACCACAAAACAAUGAACAAAAUAAAGAACAAGCAAAUGUAUUAAUUAAAAAUACAAAUAAUUUUAGAAAUGUAUUCAAAAUAAAUGUAGAAAUUGACGUUGUGGCCAUAAUGUUGUUUUUAGGUGCAAUAGCUACAAGAAUGUAUAAUUUAGGACAACCAAGGAAUAUUGUAUUCGACGAACUCCACUAUGGAAAAUAUGUCUCUCUUUACAUGAAAAACACCUUUUUCUUUGACUCUCAUCCGCCUCUAGGCAAACAGUUAAUAGCCCUAGCUGCAUACCUAGCAGGUUUUGAUGGUAAAUUUAAAUUCGACCGUAUUGGAAGCCCGUUCACUGAAUCGGUGCCUUUGGUGGCUUUGCGUUUUUUACCAGCCUUUUUUGGUAGUCUUAUAAUCCCUGUAGCAUAUCUCCUAAUGCUAGAAAUGGGUUUUACCGAGUGGACGUCUAUAUUUGCAGCAGCAUUGUUUUUGUUUGACAAUGCCUUGUUGACACAAAGCAGAUUUAUUUUAAUGGAAUCGAUGCUGAUGUUUUUUACCUUAUUUGGUAUUUUAUGUAUUUUAAAGUUUAGAAAGUAUUAUAAGACUCCCUACAGUGUUCGUUGGUUUUUUUGGCUUGUUUUUGCUACAAUUUCCUUAACUUGCUCUCUAUGUAUCAAAUAUGUUGGAUUGUAUUCUUGCCUAUUAGCCAUAGCAAUUAUUCUUGGCGAUUUUUGGAAAGUUCUAUCAAACAAAUCUUCAAAAGACAUAUCUUUAGUUACUAGGUUUGUUACGCAAACCCUUGUUGCCGCCUCUGUCGCUAUUUUUGUCUAUGUUUCCAUAUUUUACAUACAUUUAAAUGUAUUGUAUAAAGCUGGGCCACACGAUAGCAUUAUGACUAGUGCUUUCCAAGCUUCAUUGGAUGGUGGACUCGCUAGCAUCACUAAAGGACAACCAUUGGUGGUCUCCCAUGGAUCCCAAAUAACUUUAAGGCACACUCAUGGCCGCACCUGUUGGUUACACUCUCACAAUGCAGUUUACCCCAUAAGAUACCAGGACAAAAGGGGAUCGAGUCACCAACAGCAAGUUACUUGUUAUUCUUUUAAGGAUGUAAAUAAUUGGUGGAUAGUUAAAAGGCCUAAUAAAAAUGAUUUGGUUGUUGAACAGCCUGUAGAUGCUAUAAAACAUGGAGACGUGAUUCAGCUAGUUCAUGGUAUUACAAGUAGAGCGUUGAAUUCUCAUGAUGUAGCAGCUCCAGUGUCUCCACAAUGCCAAGAAGUCACUUGUUAUAUUGACUAUAACAUUUCAAUGGCCGCGCAAAACUUAUGGAAAGUUGAUAUUAUUAACAAGGAUCAAAUUGGGGAAAACUGGCACACAAUACAGUCUCAAGUAAGGCUGAUUCACGUAGACACGAAUGCUGCGUUAAAAUUUACUGGCAGGCAACUGCCUGAUUGGGGGUUCCAUCAGCAUGAAGUUGCAGCUGAUAGAGUCUUAAACCAAGAUGAUACUGUUUGGAAUGUUGAGGAACAUCGUUAUACAAAAUCUGAAGAUCAAAAAGAGCGUGAACGAGAGCUAGUGACAGCUGAAAUGAUACCAACAGCAGCUACUUCAUUAUCGUUCUGGGAAAAGUUUUUUGAACUUCACUAUAAAAUGAUGUUUUCUUCUUCGGAAAGUGUUCAAAAUCAUAUGUACAGUUCUGUGCCAACGGAAUGGCCUCUUAUGGGCCGAGGAAUUGCUUAUUGGGUAUCAUCUGAGAGCAAUGCUCAAAUUCAUUUAAUGGGCAACAUUGCCAUAUGGUAUUUAGCCACUUUUGGAAUACUCUUGUAUUUCAAUUUGCUGGUUUUCUACCUUUUGAGGCGCAGAAGACAAUGUUUUGAUCUGGACCAGGAAAAUUGGGAAAAAUUCCAACUUAUGGGCCAAGUGUUGUUUUUAGGCUACUUAUUCCAUUAUUUACCAUAUUUCUUUGUUGAAAGAACAUUAUUUUUACAUCACUAUCUUCCAGCUUUUGCCUUUAAAACACUUUUAUUGGCAGCUACUAUUGAGCAUGUCUAUACACUGUUAAAUAAUAUUUUAAGAAUCAAAUUUCUGGCUAAUUUAUUGAUUAUUUCUAGUUUAUCUAUAAUACUCGGCGUAAUAUACGUUUUUAAAAGAUUUAGUGUUUUCAGCUAUGGAAAUGUAGCUUUGAGCACAAGUGAUAUAUUAGGGUUAAGGUGGAAGGAUUCCUGGGAUUUUAUAGUGCAUAAGAAUUAAGUUUCUGCUUUUGCUUAGGCUGUUUUUCAGAUCUGCUAUAUAUAUUUAUAUUAUUUAUAUACAAUUUUAUACUCGUCUUAUACUGCCCACUAGAAUAUAUUAUUUUUUUAUACAUUUUUUUUUUAUAGUAAUAUAUUUUUUAUUACGUUU